AUGGACUACCAAAACAACCAUCCGUCCCACUGUCAAGAGUCCUAUGUAUCGAAGUUCUCCGUCAGGAGUGCAUUUAGCCCCCACGCCCAUCCAAAUGAAGAUUGGACAAAGAUAUCGGAUCUUGGAGAGAGGCGUCGAAUCCAGAACAGAAUUGCUCAAAGGAACUAUCGCAAGAAGUUGAAGAAGAGGCUGGAAGAGCAGCUCAGACAAGCGACUUCUUCUCCUGAACACUCGCCGGACGAGAGUGGUCCCGCCCAGGAAGAGCCCUAUGCGACUGAGUCAAGCAGCGAACAGCACUCAGCAAGAGCACUGAAGCCUGCUCUGCGGCCAAGAUUAUCGUCGAACUCGCCUCCUACGAAUUUCCAAUUGAUGCAAGAAUCACCGCCAAUCUACACUCAGCAAUAUGACAACGCCAGCUCCAUAUCCCCAGCUCCCUUGGCCUCGUUUGCUCCUUACACCUCAUAUUCAGAUGGUAUUAUAUCUGCACAAUACUCUUGUGCACCGUUACAGGGAGCGAUACCGGACAUCUAUGGUGGCCAGGAGCAUCGAUCGGGAAGCGAUGGUCUAGAGCCCUCGAUAUCGUCACCAUACUAUGCAUCCCCCAGACCAGAAAGAUACUGUGGUAUUGAUGUUGAUUGCCUCGCUUCAUCUACUUUGCCUGUCACAGCCGCCACGACCCUCGCGGCAGCUAUGUCCCCGUAUAUCAGGAUGUCAGACCCGAUAUACCAUUACGAUUAUUCCGAUGUGUAUCCAAUGCCUGAAGCAACCGGUACGGGUUCAACCUCAGGGAGAUACUAA